AUGGCAGUUACCCGUGUUGCGCCGUUGAAAUCUCCUAGGACCUCAAGGGAGGGCGACCCACCCAAGGCCAGCAGUGAACAAAGCAGGGACCGCUGCAUUGUGGCAAACCCCAGGAUUGCCUUGGCUCUGUGCUCCGUCUCCAUUCUCAGCGUCGGACUUGACCAGUUCACGGUGUUACAUGUCACCGGGAAAAAUCCAGAAUGUGGUUCGAUUUGCCCGAUAGGCUCACAGCUGCCAGCACUAAAGGCUGUGCUCGCGCAACCCGGUGGCGGCAGCUCGUCCAGACUGCGCUACAACAGUAUCCAGGUCCUGCAGCUCCUGCAGUCCUCGUUGCUUUACUCCUUUUCCGACCCCCUGCAAGGAUCCCAAGAAAUAAAGGAGCCACCGUACGACUGGCAGGCCUUGUACGGCACACGUGGCCUGACGGAUUUUUGUGCGUUGCCGCUCAUACACGCCAAGUCCGUCGUGGGCGCCGUCACGCUUGCCUUUGACCCUCCGCCGCCGCCGGGGCAGCAGGCGCCUGGCUUGGGGAGACGCGGAGGGCUGCCCUCAGUUUCCUCGGGGCCCUGCUUCAGAGCCGCUCUUCUGAUGCGCUGCGACGAGUCCUCCCUGAGGGCGCUCGGGCUGCUGCUGUCAGUGCUCCUCGCCGGCCAGGACCUCAAGCUGGCCCAACAGGUCGGCGACAUCCUGGCGGGAGUACACGACGCUCGCACCCUGCAGCAGGUGGUCGCGGGAGUGGCCGCGGGAGUGGAGCGGGUUCUGCAACUCAAGACACACGUCACCGUGGCGGUUACAGUGGCACUGCUGCCCGGUUCAGCCGCCGCCGCCGCCGCCGCCGUCGGUGCCGCUGGCGGUAACGUCGGCGGCGGCGGUGGCGGCGUUACGGCGCCCAGCAGCAAUGGCGGACGGGCAAUCUUCUUCGAGGAGCGGGGCGGUAGCGGAGCUGCGGCCGCAGGCGGCGGCAAUAGCGGCGGCGGCGGCGGGAGCGGCUGCGCUGCGAGUGGAGGCGGCGGCGGCGGGGGCGGGCAGUCAGCAAAUCCUAAUGAGCAAUACGGGGCUCGCGGCAUAAUGGCCAGGUCGACCUCCGCCGCCACUCGGGAAGCCCAAGGCGGCUCAUCCCACGACGGCUGUACGGGACAAAAUGGCUCCUACGGGGCCUUGCUGUGGCAGGCGAGCACGGUGCAGGCUCGUGCGUUGGGCUUGCGGCACACCCUCCUGGCAAACUUGCCUAGCGGCGGGACUGUCGUACACGACUGUGCGUCGUACAUGCAACAAGUUGGUUGUCCCAAGCGGGACUUGUACCUGCUGAGCUCGAGUAAGGGCAUACCGCCCUUCUCUCUGGCAAUUGCGCCGGCGCCGCUGCCGCUGCUACGCGACGUCCCGGCCACCGGCGGUGGCGGCGGCGGCGCCGCUGCUGCGGCACAGCUUGUCUUGUACGUGUCCGUGGGCAUGCGGCUUCCUCUAGAGCUGUUGAACGAGGUUUUGGCUCAGGCGCAGCACUUGUCUUUACGGUUUUUAGCUCCGCUGAUCGGACAUAAGCUUGCGCGCGGGGACUUGGCGGAGGAGUGGAUAUUGCUCGUGGGGAAGUGCUUCUCGGGUCGCGGCGGCGGCGGCGGCGGCCGCGGCGCAUCCGUCGGAGGAGGGACGUUGGCAGCGACGGAAAGCCACCCGGACUUGCGUCCGACCACCUCAGCCGUGUGCAAUGGCACUAGCGGCGGCGAGACGGCCGCCGCCGCAGCAGCAGCAACAGCCGGCAACGGCGGGAGCGGCUGCGGAGAAGGGAGUAGAGGUCAGUGCGCUGUUAGUCCUGACGACGGCUGUUCGCGAGGCAGCAGCAACGCUGCGCCGGCCGGCACCGCGGGCUGCGGCGGUGUCAGCGCUGCCGCCGGGGUCCCGCCAGCACCGCACCCAGGGCACCCGCGGGAAAAGGCGACGCCAACGCCAACGCCGACCUCUCCGCCGCCGACGUGCAUGGACGCAUCGACGUCACGGCCAGCUGGGGGCGAAGCAGCCGCCGCCGCCGCCGCCACCGUGGAUGCCGGGCCGCCUGUCGCCGAGUGUCCUGUGGUGACCCCGGGACCUGACCGGAUGCUGUCGGCCAUCGGCACCCCCCCUGAACCUCGUGGUCCGGUGCUCAGUACGGCCCUCGCAGGGGCCUUUGCGGGUGACACACGGGCGCACAUGGGCCUGCUCGUCUCCUCGUUCAAGGAGACGAUCAACGCGCUGCAGGCCCUUCGUGCGGACGAAUACGAGGAGCUGUCCGUUCUCAAGCUGGGGAAGGUGCUGGGUCGCGGCGGCAGCGGCCUGGUUUUCCAGGGUUAUCUGCACAUGGGCCUUGAGGUGGCCGUCAAGCUGUUUGAAAACCCCGAUGACACCGACCGGGAGGCUGUGUCCUCUUCAGAGCAUGCAAGUACAAUAACUUCCCAACCACAUCCAGGUGGUGGCGGCGCCGCCGCCGACGGACUGGCGGCGACGGAAGCCGCUGCCGCCGCCGCCGGUGGCAUCGACGGCGGCAUCGACGGCGGCACUGACACCGCCGCUGCGAAGGGCGCGGUGAAGGGGCAGCCGCCGCCUGCUCUGCCGUCGACGACGGCGGCGGCGGCGCUGGCGACGAAGCGGCAGCGCGACUUGCUGCACAACGCCCUGGAGCUGGGUGUGGCGUCAUCGCUGUCGCACCCGAAUAUCGUACAGGGCUACUGUCACUGGGUCAAUGUGGUCCUCAUGCAGGACGCAUCACUCAACCGCUGCUGGCUGAUGGGCCAGGCGGAAUACCUGGCGUUGGCACCCCCGGGAUCACCGCCGCCGCCGCUGUGUUCUGCCCUGGUCAUGGAAUACUGCGACAUGGGCUCGUUGGUCCAUGCACUCAAGAGGGGGACCUUCACAGCGGCGGACGGCAAGACGAAUAUGGAGUUUGUGUACAUGUGCCUGCUGGAGAUUGCGCUGGCGCUGCGGCACCUGCACACCGCCAAGCUCGCCCACUGCGACCUCAAGCCGGGUAAUGUGCUGCUGAGGUCCAGUCCCAGAGAUCCCCGCGGCUUCGUGUGCAAGCUGGGUGACUUUGGCUACGCGGCCAUUCUGAAGGACGGAUUGCUGCCGGGCCGGCCUGCUGUAUUGCCGGACGAAGCCUGCGGUACACUGCAGUACAUGGCUCCUGAGCUGUUCGUGUCGGGGCGGCCCGUGGAUGCCAGCAUCGAUGUUUACGCUUUCGGCAUGCUGAUGUGGGAGCUGAUUACGGGCCGUACGCCGUACAGCGAGUGCGACUAUCCCAGUCGGUCGUUGAUGAAGGCGGUGUACCACGGCAAGCGGCCCAGCUUCCCAGGCAACACGCUGUCCGCCUACAGAAGCCUCGCAGUGUGCUGCUGGUCACCCGACCUCAACUCACGGCCCAGCGCCUCGGCGCUCGUCAAGCUACUCCGCCAGCAGCUCGAGAGCUUGAAGCAUCAAUCGAGCACCGGCAGCUCCUCAGCCCCGCCAGCGGUGGGACCCCGGGCACAUGUGUGA